AUGCAGCAGCUGAUUGGUGGUCAUUGGGUAUCAUCAUCUACCAAAUGGCCACCUACACAUUCCCAUUUACCAGCCCAAUGGGGAAACAACUAUCUCCACUCACGGAUGAGCCCUUUUAUCCCAGCUGGCUCAGUGAUGAACUGGUGGACCUCCUGCAAGCGCUAUUGGAGAAAGACCAUCAUCUUCGUCUUGGCAAAAACGGGAAGAUCAGGGAGCACCCUUUCUUUCGUUGUAUUGACUGGGUGAAACUGGAAAAUCGCCAACUAACACCACCUUUCCAGCUAGCAGUGCGAUCAGUUAAGAACUUCAGGGACUCUGAAGGAGAGUCACCAUUUUUUUCAAGAAAAAUAUUCUUGAACAAAAGAAACAGAGUCCUAGAGGAGUUCUCCUUCCUGGAUCCCGACUUGCAGGAGUGACACCAAGGCCAAUAACUAUGGUCAUGUCCACCAGUUCUGAACACCGUGUACAGCUGCUGCAUGGAAGCCACAUCAUCAUCUGCUGAAACUGCCCAGGAGUAACAUCUAAAUCUUUCCUGUUGACUUCCAAUGGGGCAACAUGUGAGGAGGAGAGGAAAGUAUAAAUAGAAAUUUAGGUUAGGUUAUUACAUAUGUUUAACCCUUUAAGUGUUUUUACAAGCGCUGCGCUUGCUUUUAAAG